UCCUGAUUGGACCAUCUGAGUAAACGUCAGCUGAAACAGGAAGUAUUUUCUUUUCGAAGAUGCCAAUAUUCUAAGUGCAUUAGAAGAGUUGAGUCUGAGCAUUAAAGUCUCAUUAAUGAAACAUUAUUCCUGGGAUGAAAUCUGGAUGUUGAUGAAGAUGUAGCGUAACUGAUGAUGAUGAUGAAGAUGAUGGAGGAGGAGGAGGAGGAGUGCUGCUGUAAUGUCACAUGUGGACUCAGACUUUACACUCUGAAGGACAGAAGUAAAGCUAAUAAACAUCAUUUCUGACUGCUCUGAGUGAUCACGUUUACUGUGUGUGUGUGUGUGUGUGUGUGUGUGUGUGUGUGUGUACACACACUCUCUCCGUGUCUCUGCCAUGCCGACCUCCAGGAACACCGCUCCCAAAAGGCCGAGGCUGGACUGGAGGUUCGUCAAGAGAUUCUGCAGAAUUGUAAGAGUGCUUUUCCCGAGCUGGUGCAGUCAGAAUGUUGUCAUGUACGGGACGCUGCUCGGAGUCACUCUUUUAGUUCAGCUGGUGGUUUAUCAGGUGGGUCUGAUCCCGAGUCAGUUCUAUAGCGUGUUGUCGGAGAAGAACUACGGCAAGUUUAAGGAGCUGGUGGCGUUUUCCGUCCUGCUGAUCCUGCUCAUCUCUGCACUGAAGAGUCUGGAACAGUACAUCUGCAAUGUCCUGUACAUCAGCUGGAGGAAAUGUCUAACGCAGAGCCUCCAUCAAGAUUACUUCAGCAGAUGGGUCUACUACACCCUCAACGUGCUCCACAAGGACAUCGAUAACCCAGACCAGAGAAUGACUCAGGACGCAGAGAGGUUGUGUAAGCAGUUGAGCAGUAUGGCUAGUCGACUGGUCAUUUCCCCGUUCACCAUCUCUUACUACUCGUACCAGUGCUUUAACAUCACUGGAUGGAUUGGAUUCGUCAGUGUCCUUGGCUACUUCCUCAUCGGUACUGUUGCCAACAAGCUCCUGAUUGGACCCGUCGUGUCCACGUUGGUGGAACAGGAAAAGCUGGAAGGAAACUUGAGAUUCAAGCACAUGCAGAUCAGGGUCAGCGCAGAAUCAGCAGCUUUCUACAGAGCAGGGAAGGUGGAACACGUGCGGACGGACCACAGACUUCAGAGUCUCUUGCACACACAGAGGAAGCUGAUAAACUGGGAGUUUCUGCUCUAUCUUGGAGUAAACACAUUUGACUAUAUGGGAAGCAUCCUCAGCUACAUUAUCAUCGCCAUACCCAUCUUUGCGGGUGUGUACGACGGUUUGACCCCUGGGGAGAUCACCGCUCUUGUCAGCAAGAAUGCCUUUGUGUGCAUGUACCUGAUUAAUUGUUUCACGCAGCUUAUUGAUCUUUCAACGACCGUCUCCGAUGUUGCAGGUUACACCCACAGAAUUGGAGAACUACAGGAAGUGAUGAAGGAUAUCAGCAGGAAGCAGUGUGAUCCUGACUGUAGUACUGCGGAGAUGGGUAACUUGGACAGGGAUAGAGAAACCUUGAGCACUUCCAGCAAUGCUGCUGUCGUACUGGACAAGCUGUCCUUUACGUCUCCGGUGUCUGAGGAUCUGCUGGUGAAGGACUUGAGUCUCAGGGUGUAUGAGGGUACAGACCUGCUGGUGGUGGGAAACACGGGCGCAGGGAAAACGUCUCUCCUCAGGGUCCUAAACCUUCUGUGGGAACCUUGUAACGGUUCUGUUCAGAUGAACACGUGUUUUGGGCCGAGGGGAAUCAUGUUCCUGCCCCAGAAACCCUUCCUGACUGACGGCACCCUUCGAGAACAGGUGAUCUUUCCUUUAAAAGACAUCUAUCCAGCUGCAGGCUCAGUUGAUGAUGAGAGAAUUUUGCGAUACCUGGAACUAGCUGGGAUGUCCAGUCUUUUGAAGAGGACGGGAGGUCUGGAUGAGAAAGUGGACUGGAACUGGUAUGAUGUUUUAUCACCAGGAGAGAUGCAGAGACUGUGCUUCGCUAGGCUUUUCUACCUGCAGCCGAAAUACGCAGUGCUGGAUGAAGCCACCAGCGCUCUGACGGAAGAUGCUGAGGAACAGAUGUACAGAGCUUGUAAACAGCUGGGCAUGACUCUGAUUAGCCUGGGUCACCGCAGCAGCCUGAAGCAGUAUCAUGAUAUCAUGCUGAGGCUGUGUGGUGGCGGUCAGUGGGAACUCACUCAACUGGAAAAGAGGUGAAUCUCCAGACAAAAUAAGUGACUUUCCCCCAGGAGGAAAAAGUGAGAUGUUUUCAGUUUACAGAGAAAACGUGUGUACAUAUAAUUUUUCACUCGACAUCUUGAUAUCAGAUGAGAAACUCCGAGUUGGACCUGGGACGGUCCUGAUUUCCGAUACGUUUCAUUUCUGAAAUGAUAGCACUGUUAUGCUUUUUGAAUAAAAUUUAAAACUGGAA